UCUGUGCUGUGGGCUUCGCGCGAGCCACGGCCACGGGGCGCGUUGGGGUCGGUUGGAGUCCGGGCAUGGCCCGGAGCCACUUGGCUCCGUUGCUGACUCCCCUAGUGCUCCUAGGUCUGGUGUCCCCUACUCAGAUCGACCCAGACUACCAAUACUUUGGCCCGCACGGUGAAGGUGAUACCUGGGAGCUGCUGACGCUGCAGCGACAAAAGGUACUGGAAGACUCAGUCCUAGGCCCGUGGGGAAAGUGGCAUUGUUUCUGCAGCCUGGGCAGACAGGAACGCAGCCGUCAGGUGUUGGGUACGGCACCAGUCCCUGUGUUCAUGGACCGAGAGAAGCUGGUACAGAUGAGGCCGUGCGGGCAACAGGAUUGCUCAUCUUGCAGCCUGAAGGACUGCAACUCGAGGCCCUGAGCAGAGUCACUGAGGGCCAGGCUCCCGUAGCAACGGGGCGGAGCUUGCAAAGUGACCCUGCCCACCCUCGAUUACAAACCACGCCCUUGGAGAUAGUCCUCAAAGACUACAAUUCCCAGGAGAGAAGAGCAGACCAGCGGCGACAGCGGCGCGUGCGUAAACGACUACGCCGGAGGGCGCAUCGAGGGCGGAUUCUGCGAGCCGAUUGGUCAGCAGCAAGAGCCGCUGCAGUUUUCGCGGAAAACGCGCGCUGGGACCUGCGCUUGCAGAGUUGUUUUCUACAACUGUUGGCUGUCGCAGAGGCAGCAUGGAUCUCAGCGAGCUGGAGAGGGACAAUACGGGCCGUUGUCGUCUGAGUUCUCCUGUUCCUGCUGUGUGUCUCAAGGAGCCGUGCGUUCUGGGCGUGGAUGAAGCGGGCCGAGGCCCUGUGCUUGGUCCCAUGGUCUACGCCAUCUGUUACUGUCCCCUGUCUCGCUUGGCAGAUCUGGAGGCCCUGAAAGUGGCAGACUCAAAGACCUUGACAGAGAACGAGCGGGAGAGGCUCUUUGCGAAAAUGGAGGAGGAUGGAGACUUUGUGGGUUGGGCUUUGGACAUCCUGUCUCCAAACCUGAUCUCUACCAGCAUGCUUGGGCGAGUCAAGUACAACCUCAACUCCCUGUCACACGAUACAGCUGCGGGGCUAAUACGGUACGCACUGGACCAGAAUGUGAAUGUCACUCAGGUGAGCUGUUGGGUUACAGCCCUUUGGUCACCUUCUGAUAAAAGGGCCUUUAAAAAGUUGAAGCUGGCCUCUGAUGCUGUCACCAUUACCUCUGUCUCCCUAGAUCCCAAGACCAAAGCCUGGCUGAGGAAACAUGUGGACCCCGUGUUUGGCUUCCCCCAGUUUGUACGGUUCAGUUGGAGCACAGCCCAGGCCAUCCUGGAGAAGGAGGCAGAACAUGUCACUUGGGAGGACUCAGAAGCUGAGGAGGAUCCUGAGCGACCGGGAAAAAUCACCUCCUACUUCAGCCAGGGCCUACAGACCUGCCGCCCUCAGGCCCCCCACAGAUACUUCCAGGAGCGAGGCCUGGAGGCAGCCAGCAGCCUCUAGGAGCCCACGUGUGCACCACCUGCCCUUCUAACCCAGGAAUAAAAGCUGUUCAAGAAGUGGA